AUGAAUCCAUCUUUUCGAAUGCUCUUAACAAUUUUCCUGUAUGAACAAAGUAUAUCCUUGCAGCUACGUAAUCGAUUCUUAGCUGAUUUGUAUCGAGCAACGGAAAGUAUAGAACAGGCUAAACAAGAAUGGAAAUGGAUUUGUCAGGAACUACGGGAACUUUAUCCGAAGGACAGUAAACUUCAUAUUCAGCGAAAAAUUAUACAAGCCUGCAAACUUCGUGGCCGUAAAUACCCAUUGCAGUAUAUUUUGCAAACACAACCCUUUGGUCCUUUGAAUAUUCAGUGCAGUCCAGGAGUUUUGAUUCCUCGAUGGGAAACAGAGGAGUGGGUAGAGCGAACAAUGCCACUGUUGUAUUCACUGUUGGUUCCAAAUCCUGUACGCAUUAUGGACUUGUGUUCUGGAUCCGGGUGCAUUAGCAGCUAUAUUUCAGCGUCUUUCAAGCGUCCUCAUUGUCUCCAUAUUAUCGAUAUAUCCUCAAAAGCUCUUCAUGUAAGUGCUAAGAAUCUACUCGCUUGCAAACAGGAUAGCUCUACUCUGGAUACUCAAUUUCACAAAGUCAAUGUUCUAUCUGCAAAGAAACCAAUGCUUAAUUUACUGAGAAAUUGCCAUGCCGUCCUAUGUAAUCCACCUUACAUAUCACCAAACGAAUUCUAUUCGAACACAGAUCUAAGUGUUCGAAGGUAUGAGCCAAAGCAUGCACUUAUAGCUCAAGAGGAUGGAAACCAAUUUUAUAAAAUUAUCGCAUCUUAUGUAUUUGAACUAUUGAAGGAUCCACUCAUUACCAAAGAUGCAUUGAGAUUAUUAGUCUUUGAAAUUGGCUCUUCUGAACAAGCCAAAUAUGUCAAGAAUUUGUUCUCAGGCAGUACCUUUCAUACUACAAUUUGGAAAGAUUCCGCGAAUUUGGACCGUACAGUCGUUGUACAGAGAACGUAA